AUGAAGGCCCUCAUUCUCGUUGGCGGUUUCGGUACCCGUCUGCGUCCUCUGACCUUGACCCUCCCUAAGCCUUUGGUCGAAUUCGCCAACCGGCCCAUGAUCCUGCACCAGGUUGAGAGCUUGGCUGCUGCUGGUGUCACAGAUAUCGUCCUGGCCGUCAACUACCGCCCCGAUGUUAUGGUGUCGACCCUGAAGAAGUACGAAGAGAUCUACAAUGUCAGAAUCGAAUUCUCUGUGGAAUCCGAACCCCUCGGCACGGCUGGUCCCCUGAAGUUGGCGGAGAAGAUUCUGGGCAAGGACGACAGCCCGUUUUUCGUCCUGAACUCCGAUAUUAUCUGUGACUACCCCUUCAAGGAGCUGGCCGAGUUCCACAAGAACCACGGCAACGAGGGUACCAUUGUGGUCACCAAGGUCGACGAGCCCUCCAAGUACGGUGUCGUCGUCCACAAGCCCAACCACCCCUCGCGCAUCGACCGCUUCGUCGAGAAGCCCGUUGAGUUCGUCGGCAACCGUAUCAACGCCGGUAUCUACAUCCUGAACCCCAGCGUGCUGAACCGUAUCGAGCUGCGCCCCACCUCCAUCGAGCAGGAGACCUUCCCCGCUAUUGUCAAGGACGGCCAGCUGCACUCCUUCGACCUGGAGGGCUUCUGGAUGGACGUUGGUCAGCCCAAGGAUUUCCUGAGCGGUACCUGCCUCUACCUCACCUCUCUUGCCAAGCGCAACUCGAAGCUGCUCGCCCCCAAUAGCGAGCCUUACGUGUAUGGCGGCAAUGUCAUGGUCGACCCCUCCGCCAAGAUCGGCAAGAACUGCCGCAUCGGCCCCAACGUGGUGAUUGGACCCAAUGUGGUGGUUGGUGACGGUGUGCGUCUGCAGCGCUGUGUCCUGAUGGAGAACAGCAAGGUCAAGGACCACGCGUGGGUGAAGUCGACCAUUGUUGGAUGGAACAGCUCCGUGGGCCGCUGGGCUCGUCUGGAGAACGUUACGGUGCUGGGUGACGAUGUCACCAUCGCCGACGAAGUCUAUGUCAACGGUGGUUCCAUCUUGCCCCACAAGAGCAUCAAGCAGAACGUUGAUGUUCCUGCUAUCAUCAUGUAA